AUGCUAAAGAAUGUUGCGCGUGCUUCUUUACCUUUGGCUACUACAUUAGCACGAAGGGCGGUGCCUGUUAUUCGUGCCAACAAUGUAGUAUUAAAUUUUGCCGUUCGAAGGUAUGCAGCUGCUAAGCCCGCCACAUCCGAAGUUUCCUCUAUUCUGGAGCAACGCAUCCUUGGUGUUACUGCCAACGUUGAAGUCCAAGAGACUGGACGUGUCCUCUCAAUUGGAGACGGUAUCGCUCGUGUUUAUGGACUCAAAAAUGUUCAAGCCGAAGAAAUGGGUAUGGCUCUCAACUUAGAACCCGACAAUGUAGGUAUUGUCGUGUUCGGUAACGACAGAUUAAUCAAAGAAGGUGACACUGUAAAGCGCACAGGACGGAUUGUGGAUGUACCGGUUGGACCCGGCCUACUAGGUCGUGUCGUUGAUGCUCUCGGCAAUCCCAUUGAUGGCAAGGGACCAAUCAAAGCAGAAGAACGACGACGUGUUCAAGUGAAAGCUCCUGGUAUCUUACCUCGUCGUUCUGUACAUGAACCUAUGCAGACUGGUAUUAAAUCAGUCGACGCUAUGGUGCCAAUUGGUCGUGGUCAACGUGAAUUAAUUAUUGGUGACCGUCAGACCGGUAAAACUGCAGUUGCACUUGAUACUAUUUUAAACCAAAAAAGGUGGAAUGAUGGUAGUGAUGAAAGUAAGAAACUAUACUGUGUAUAUGUCGCCAUUGGCCAAAAACGUUCGACUGUAGCUCAAUUGGUCCAAACUCUCGAAGAAAACGUGGAUGAUAUUCUUGUAGAUGCAUUGAAGUAUUCUAUUAUUGUUGCUGCUACAGCUUCUGAAGCGGCGCCUCUCCAAUAUUUGGCGCCAUUCUCUGGCUGUUCCAUUGGUGAAUGGUUUAGAGAUAAUGGCAAACAUUCAUUGAUUAUUUAUGAUGAUUUGUCUAAGCAAGCCGUUGCUUACCGUCAAAUGUCUUUACUGCUUCGUCGUCCUCCGGGUCGUGAGGCUUAUCCUGGUGAUGUAUUUUACCUUCACUCUCGAUUACUUGAACGUGCCGCCAAAUUGAAUCAGGACUUUGGCGCCGGAUCUAUGACCGCAUUACCAAUUAUCGAAACUCAGGGUGGUGAUGUGUCUGCUUAUAUUCCCACUAAUGUCAUUUCUAUCACGGAUGGACAAAUUUUUUUGGAAGCUGAACUGUUCUUUAAAGGCGUGCGACCUGCUAUCAACGUUGGUAUAUCUGUAAGCCGUGUAGGCAGUUCUGCCCAAACCAAAGCUAUGAAACAAGUUGCCGGGUCACUCAAACUUUACUUAGCUCAAUAUCGUGAAGUUGCGGCC